GUUUCUGCUCUAUUGGCAGAAGCAACAUCCAAUCAGACAUAUCUCAAUGCAGCCAUCGAGUCAGCAAAUUUCAUACAGGCACAUCUACUCAAUCUGUCUAAUAUCGUACUGGAUUCUAUUUUGUCGCAGUCAAAUGAAUCUUGCUCCGUAGAUUCGAUGGUGUACUCGUACAAUUCCGGGAUCUUCAUUGAAGGAUUGGUCGUCCUAUCAGAUCUCACCGUGACGCGUCAACUGAAGCUUUGUAUGUCUUAA